UGUCACGAUCGUCACGUGUGUUGCAGUAGACGAAGGUAGUAGGGUAUGAGGAAUAGCGUUCAAGCGCGUACGUAUGUACGUCAGUACUGUCAGUAGUACGCGGGUAAGAGAUACGACGUUAACUGGACACCGACUGGUGUUUACGAAAAAAAAAAACGAAAAGAAAGGACAAAGGAAGCCUGUCACUCGGAAGAAGUCUUCCGAGGGUGUACCAUGCCAAAGGAGAACGGGAAUUAGGACGACAAAAGCAGUCAACAUCGACCUGGAACUGUCAUGGAACGGCUCUCGAGAGUGGCAUGUUAUUUUCGAUGGAUGAGAAACGCGACACCUUAUGAUACGAGCGAAGAAGCGGCUCCCGUCGACGAUGGCAAAACCGUGGAAGUUGAACGGUGUAAGAAUGUCGGGUGCAAUUACGAAGCCUCGAAACGGCUGUGUAGCAUUCUGGAGAGUAUCCUUCUUUGGGAGAACUCGGUGAACAGUAUCUCCGUCGUCAUCGUGUUCAACAUACUGUUUUGGGGAAUUAUUGUAUUAGAGGUCCGUGGCUUUGCUGCAGCCAGCAGUGCUGCGCUGGUCGUAGUUCUCUGCUAUAGUACCAUAGAAGCCCAAAUCCAAAAAGAGAACAAAGCAUCAGAUACAGCUAUAUCUUGUGCAAAGCCAGAACAAAUUGAAAAGAUUGGGAAGAAAGUGAAAUCAGUAAUUCAUAGUCUGAAGCAGUUGAGAAAAGAUCAACCAGGAGUGUUUUGUACUGCAGUGUGCUCUCUUUCUUUGGGCUUAUGGAUCAUUGGUCGCGCUAUAAAUGGUGUACUUCUUACAUAUACAUUAUGUAUGAGCAUACUCCUUGGACCUGCAUUAUUAUUAAAGCUACCCAACAAGAUGUUACCACAUAAAGAAUGGGAUAGUGAAAUUGAAGAAUUUUUACCAGCAGUAACUGAAGACAAUCUUCAAGUUCUUACAAGAGCAGGAGAAUCAGGGGAUCAUUCUCCAACACCAACAAGUGUGUUGUCUGAUGCUCAAAAUGAAUUUUUUAAUGACGAAGACCUUAUGGGUCUAAAAAUGCCAUCACACGAAGAUGGAAGCACCGAUGGUGUAGAGGUUUCUGAAUUAGAACUUAGUGCUGAAGAAACUGACGUGGAUGGUAUUAAAUUUCAAAGUGGCCACUUUGAGAAAGGAUCAUCUUCCGAGGAAGAAGCAGAACUUGAACCUUUAUCAAGAAAAUCAAUUAGUCAUAGUGAUGAAAGUGGUAGCGAAUUUGAAAUAAUCGAUAGUCAGGAUGUUGACGAGUUCGACAUUGCAUAAAAAUUACAGGCAUGUGAACUGUGAAGUUAUUAUUAUGCCGAAUAGCAUUAAAACGGCUGACCCUUUUAAAUAUACUUUAAUUGGAUAAUGAUCUAAUCAAAAUUAUUUUGCUACAUCUUAGCUACCUGCUUCAAUUUAUCAAAUGAAUACUAUUGGAAAUUUUCGUUAGUGUCAUCGGAGAAGUAUACUUAUUUGUAGAAAAGUGAUGCCCAAUCAUUUUAUUAGAUUUGUAUCCGAAGUAAAAAUUUAAGUGAUUAGAAUUAGAGAUUUUUUGACUUUGUGCGAAUGAUAGCUUCUCAGUAGUUGACUUAUCUUGAUUGUAUACUUAUGUUAAAGUAUACUUACAAAGUUGUACAUAUUAUA